UGAGAAUAUUGUGACAAUUGAAAGCCUAACCGUGGAGAUUAGCCCAUUUAAACGUUUCUAAUUGUAAGCUUUCCACAUAAAGAAGUCUACGGGCAUUUGGUUAUGAUGUAUCCACUUGAUCAUCGUUGUCAAGAGAAUAAUGCCCUGGUAGAACCUAUUACAACGUGCAAAUCUGAAAAAUGUUAUACUGUUUGGCUCGUAGCAUACUGGCCCAACUAGUAUUAUGUAAGCACACAGAUAAAGUGAUGCUGUAUGAACGUCCUUCAAUGAGGAUGUGUGGAGCCCCAUCGCUUCUGAUGUCUGGAUGCGUUUCAGUGAAAAUUUCUAAAUUUUUGUUGCUGAUGAUAUCUGAUGACCCAUCGCUUAAGAUGUCUGGACGCUUAUCAGUAAUGAUGUCUGAACAAUUAUCAGUGAGGACGUUUCGACACCCGUUGCUGAUGAUUUUUAAACAACCAAUAAUGAGGAUUUCUGGCCGCCCAUCAAUGAUGAUGUCGGGACGCUUAUCAGUAAUGUUAUCUGGACACCUAUCAAUAAGGAUGUUUGGACAUCCAUCACUUAUAAUUUCUGGACAACCAUUAGUGAGGAUUUCUAGACGACCAUCAGUAAGGACGUCUGGACGCCCAUCAAUGACAACAUCUAGACGUCAUUCAAUGACAACAUCUAGACGUCAUUCAAUGAAGACACAUGGAUGCCCAUCAAUGAAAACGUCUGGAUGCCCAUCAAUAAGGAUGUUGAGAUGCCCAUCAGUAAGGCCGUCUGGACGCCCAUCAAUGAAGACAUCUAGUCGUCAAUCAAUGAAGACAUCUGGACACCCAUUAAUAAAGACGUCUAGAUGGCCAACGAAAAAGAUAUCUGGACACCCAUUAAUAAAGACGUCUAGAUGGCCAACGACAAAGAUAUCUGGACUCCCAUUAAUGAAGAAGUCUGGACGACCACUAAUGAGGAAGCCUGGACGUUCAUCAGUGAAGAUGUCUGGAUGCCUUUCAAUGAAGAUAUGUGCCUACCUAUCCGCAAAGAUGUCUAGGCACCAAUUAUUAAAGAUAUCUGGACACCCAUCAAUGAAGAUGUCUGUAAAGCUAUUAAUGAGGAUAUCUGGAUGGCAAUCAACGAGUAUGUCUAGACAUCUGUCAAUGAGGAUGUUUGGACGGCCCAUAGUGGGGAUGUCUGGAAAACAUAAUGAAGAGUUCCACAAAGAAAAAACGAAUAAAACAGAAAAGAUCGAAUAUGGAACCAGGUAUAAAGAAGAUAUCCAGGUUGCAGAAGACAACUUUUGUGAUGAGCAAAAUAAGCAAGACUUUCUUAUUGAAACUGUCAAUGAAACUUCGCCACCUAAGAGAUACAUUGGAUUAGAAAACCAGGGAGCCACGUGUUAUUUGAACACAGUUCUGCAAAUACUCUUCAUGACAGAGGAUUUCAGAAAGGCUGCAGAGAGGCACCAUUCCACCAUUAGUAUUCAUCUUGCACAGUUAUUUGAGCAAUUAAAGUCUGGAGAGAGAAACAUUGCCACAACUCAUGGAAUCACUGGUGAACUUAAAAUAAAUGUUCAUAAGCAGGAAGAUGCUGCAAAAUUCCUACAGAAGAUACUUAACAAGGUUGAUCCUGAGAUGGCUAAGCUAUUUCAGGGAAUAAAGGUGGACACAACUACUUGUAAAAAAACAGCAAAGCAUCACGAACCUUUGAGACAGUUUAAAACAUUUUUCACUAUAUCAAUUUCCUUGGAGUCAAAUGUUCAUAUUAACCUGCAAAGUUGUUUUGAUUCAUAUUUUGCACCGAUCAAAAUGUGUGGGGAAGACCAACAAAUCUUUUGUAAUGACUGUCAGAUGUUUAUGGAUACAGAAAUGACCUCCAGUUUGCAGAAAGUUCCUUUAGUUCUGGUUUUGCACCUGGAGAGGUUUGAACUGGAUUAUGACACGAUGUGCUGUGUGAAGAAUGAUUCCUUAGUGCAAAUUCCUGCCCGAUUAUCAGUUGAGGAAAAGGCUGAUAAAACUAACAAAUACUGCUAUGAUUUGUAUGCUAUGGCCAACCAUGUUGGGUCUCUCAAUGGUGGACACUAUUAUGCUGUCAUCAAAUCAUUUGAGGACCACCAGUGGUAUAGAUUUGAUGACAGCUUUGUAGAAGAGAUUAAAAAGUAUGAUCUGGACAAUCACUUAUCCAGAGAAGCAUGCAUACUUUUGUACAAAAAAUCAGCCAUAAUGACUACAGGCCAUUCCCAGACAGUACUAGAUAACCAAAACAUCAUGAAAAAUAGAACAAAUAGAGAAAGUGCGAAUUGUGAGAAAGAGGUGUCGAACACUGAAAACAUCAAAGAAAAUUAUGAGAAUUCUGAGAAAAAUCUGAAGAACACUUACAGCAUUAAAGAUGAAUGUGAGGAUCCAGAGAAAGAUGAAAUGAACAAUUACAUCAGAGAGGAAUGUAAAGCUUCUGAGAAACAUGAAAUCAACACUGACUGCAUAAAAGAUACAUGUAAAAUUCCUGAGAAAGAUGGAAUAAACUCUGACAGCAUUAAAGAUGAAUGUGAGAAUCCUGAGAAAAAUAAGAUGAACACUAACAGCAUCAAAGGACAAUGUGAGUUUCCUGAAAAAGAUGACAUGUACAUAGACGGCAUCAAAGAUGAAUCGGAUGAUCCUGAGGAUGUUGAGAUGAACACUGACAUACAUGAAUUAAAAAAUCCUGAGAAAGUUGAUAUGAACACUGACAUCAGAGAUGGAUGUAAAAGUCAUGACAAAAAGGAUAUGAACACUCACAGCAUCAAAGAUGAAUGUAGAGAUCAUGAAAUAGAUGAGACAAACUGUAAGAUUACCAUAUAUUGUGUAGAGCCACAACAUAGUUUUGAUCUGGAAGAAAAGAGUCUGCUAGAACACACUGAUAACUCUGAAACAAAUGCAAUCACCCUACAGAUUAUGUUAAAUGAAGACUCUAAAUCUGUAAUGCACAAAAAAAAGUGCAAUUUUAAAAAUGUGCAUGUCAAAAUCAUCACUUUCACGUCAAUACUCUUCGUAAUUUUCUUACUUUUUAUUUUACUUUUUAUUUUAUUUAAAUUAUAAACAUACAACUGUGCACAAGUGCGAAAGAAAAUUGCACUUGUUUAUGUUUGAUCAGACGGUUAAAACCUGAGAUUUGUCUUUUUACACAUACAAAUGUCACUUCCAGAACCAAACUCAAUAAAUCAUGUUUAUUGUGCUAUAAU